CGGGAUCUUGGUUGCGGAAACAAACCUCCUUGGACUAAAGUUAACUAACUAUACUUAGUUACAGUGCCAACUUCGAUGGAACGAACUGCAACUUCAACCAUCUGCAUUCCGCCAUCACUUCUGCGUCCUAUUAGUUAUUUACUACUCAGCUAUUUCCUUAAUAUUUUGUACAACAACUGGUGUUCGCUCUUUUCAGUGGAAGCCCAUAGCGGCUCUCUACUUCUCUCUGCGGUGUUGAAUCUCCCCGCGCCCUCUUUAGUGCAUCUCUAUACAAAACCGUAUUAAAGCACCGCCGCUAUGCGUCCCGUUAGAUCCUUUUUCCUAACCGCUGCCGUCCAGUUACUCUUCCUAUGCUCCUCGACAUCCGGAGCCGAACACGUACACAAUGGACCCAAACCAUGUACAAUCUCCUCGCCAACUACGGGAGCCUAUUUUGAUCUUAAUACUAUAGCACUGUCGCCGCCAGAAAUUAAAGAUGGAAAGAAGGUUCGCCAUAAAGACAGGGAAGAGAGUUGGCAUGCUAGAGGAUACGAUUACCCUGCAAACUUCUCAUUGAACAUCUGCGCUCCUGUUAUCGAAAAUUUGAGUGAUGUGGUGGGAGUCGAGGAUUCGAAAUGGGCGAAUGUCAGCGCGUUCUAUACAUUAGAUGGGAAGACAUAUUCCAUUGGGCAUCAAGCAUCUGAACUCGUUUUCCGCGGACGGAGGCUGGUCCUCAACUAUACCGACGGCUCCCCUUGUCCUGGACCGACAUCAUCGAAUGUUAGCAGAUUCGAGAUCAUAGACGAUGGCACUCCCAAGAAGGAUAAGGAACAUGGCCAAGAUGACAAGGAAAAAGAUGAUAAGGAAAAGGAUAAGGGCGGGGAUAGGGAGACGGGUGAUAGGGACAAAGAUGACGGGAAGAAGGACGGAAAUUCCGGCCAUGAGCCUGUCCAUUCAUCCCGUCGGAAAUCUACUCUCAUGUCCUUCCUAUGCGAUCGGGAUCUGGUAUCCCCAGCGGCAAGCGUGACGUUUGUAGGAACUCUCGAUUCCUGCACCUAUUUCUUUGAGGUGCGGAGCGCUGCUGCAUGCGGCGGCGUUGCGCGCACCGAAGGUGGACUGGGCCCGGCCGGUGUCUUUGGCGUGAUUGCACUGAUAGCCAUAGCUGUGUAUAUACUUGGUGGAUGCGCGUAUCAGCGAACAGUCAUGCACCAGCGUGGGUGGAGACAGUGCCCGAACUAUAGCAUGUGGGCCGGUGCCGGUUCAUUCGUACGGGACCUCUUCAUAAUCCUCUUCACCUCUCUCUCCCGCUGCUUCCGCUCCAGCAAUUUCAAAUCCCCAACGGGCUACUCGCGUUUCUCCAACGGCAACCACAGCGUCAACAACAACGACAGACGCGGCGGCGGGCUUGUUGGUGCCAUCGGGGGCUGGCGUGAUGGUAGUGGUGGUCGUGGUGGUGGUGGUACUAAUGGCGGUGGGAGGGGCAGGAGGGCAGAUGUGGAGGAGGAAAAUAGGUUGAUUGAUCAGCUGGAUGAAGAGUGGGAUGAUUAAUUCUUAGAAUCUCAUGGCGUUUGAUUUGUUGAUUUUUUCUUUUACGUUGUAUCUAUGCAUCCUACCCUAUCUUUUUAUUUUUCGUUUUAUUUUUAUUUUUUAUGUUGGCAUGUGUUUAUGAUGGGCUUUCAUAUCUUGCUUGGUUUGAUUCCGCAUGGGCUACUUUUGAUUUUAGGUUUUUCUUUUAUCUUUUUUGAUGCUGUGGUUUAUUUUCCCUCCUAGAUCGGGCGAUCCUUUCCUUGCUUUGCCCUGCUUUGCUUCGCUAUGCUGGCGGGCGGGUGUGCUACUUUGUUCCUGCGGGGAAUGACAAAUCCAAGACAGGCAUGGUGGAGUACAUAUUUGAAUAUAAAAUUGUAAGCUACGUUUUGUAUAGAGAGCAUGAAAGACAGACUCGGAAUUAGACGGUUUUUCACAUCUUCUCCAUUUGCAUCUAUGGCAAGAUCAUGGGGUAUUUCCAGUCAAUCCGCCAAUGAAAAUCCUAGCCAGAAAUCUGGCAUCUACAUAAGCAAGCCAAUGGUGCAUCCAGCGCAUUCAAUUAGAAAAAAAAGAUACUAAUCAUAGCGUGAUACUAUACAUAGGCGCAGACGCU